AUUGCAUAGAAAGAACUAAAAAUCAUCAUAAAUUGUAUAGCGAUUCAGUCAUGGCAGUCAAACUCAAAACGUAACAGCAAAAAAGACAAAAGCUUAUGAUAACAUUAAGUGCAGUUGUGUGUAAUUGUCAGACUGCAAUUCCCCCUUCCUUCAAGUCAAUGCUUCAUUCAAGAGUAUUACAAUGGCUACAUUAUUAAUGAAUUUAAACCUAAAUCCGAGUGGUUCUGCUAUUAUUUGGCAUCUCACUAUUUAACACUUAACAGGUUAACAGUAGCAACAAAAUUUAACAAUCAAUUAACUUGAACUAAAGGUUGUACCAAUUCUGUCUCCCAGACAGAGAAGAGGGACGUUUGAUUUAACUUUUAAUCAACAACGUCAACUACAGAAACCGGAUGCCACUCUUUUCUUCAUUGUCUCCUCAAACCAAUGAAGCAGGGCAACUCGACUCCACACCAAUCAGAAAUGUGAACAUCGUAUAUAUAUAUAUGUGCGUGUAUGUGCAUGCAGGUGUGUGUGUUGGGGGGGGGGUGUAUUUGUCACAUUGUAGGGAUUAAAUGUCCCCACAAUGUGAUAAACCCGUUCUUUUCAGCUUGUUGGGACACUUUUCAGGUUCCCACAAACCGAAACCUAAUAAAAGUCUGAUAAUGCAAUCAAAAACCUUAAAUAGGGAAAAUUAUUGUAUUUUCCAUGUUUACUUAUAAUUAAGGUUACGGCUGGGUAAGGGUUAUGAUUAUCAUAGUUAGUAUUAAGGUUAUCCCUGUAGAAAUGAAUGGAGAGUCCCCACAAUGACAGAAAUAUAUGACCUGUGUGUGUGUGUGUAGGUGUGGUGCAGUAUAUUUACUUCGCGGCCUAGACAUUCACAGGGUUGCCAACUCACGCAUCUCACCGCUUUCAGACUCUCACUCUCACGCAAAAAAAAAAAAUCUUGCGGCAAACCUAUAUUAUUACAUUAUAAGCCUAAAAUUUGCUACACCAAAAGCUAUGGGCUAGUAUGCAAACCCUACAGACGGUUUACAAAGUAAUAAAACUAGUACAUAAAUAUAAAUACGUGUGCAGACUUGUCUUGAAUUAAAACUCUCACUCCAGCCAGCUGACCGAAGUUAACAACCCUGCUGAUUCACCUAAAUGAAAACCGCAGACGUUAGAUGCCGACAUCACUCUAUAAGAGCAUACGUACCUAAAAAUGGCGAUUCCCGCCAAAUGCGCGCCACCGGCAGUCAGACUGCAGCAGACACGACGUUGUCCAGAACCAAAAAGAAGAAAAUGUGGGGGAACAGUGACAUACAGAUUCAUAUUGAUUAUGAACCCUACUGAAACGCAAUCAAGCAAAUGCCAAUGAUGGAAAACGAAACAACACUCAGCUGCAACCAGACUCAAACCAGCCCCCCCUCGCCUGGUCCUGUGUCCCCAUGUCCCAGUGCCCCAUCCCAUCAUGCCCCCCGCUAUGGCACUGUCAUCCCCAAUCGAAUUUUUGUGGGAGGAAUAGAUUUCAAGACAAACGAGAAUGAUCUGCGACGAUUCUUCUCCCAGCAUGGAUCAGUGAAGGAGGUGAAAAUUGUUAUUGACCGUGCUGGGAUUUCCAAAGGGUAUGGGUUUGUGACGUUCGAGACGCAGGAGGAUGCUGAGAAGAUACUUCAUGAUGCUGACAGGCUCUGCUUUAGGGACAAGAGGCUCAACAUUGGCCAGGCUAUUCGCAAGCAGCAAGUGGGAGUACAUACAGCAGCCAGCUUCCCUGUGCCCAGCCCAAGCCCAAACAUGGCCUUCCCCGCCCCAGGGGGAACCAUGUAUCUCACCACCUCCACCGGUUACCCCUACACAUACCACAAUGGCGUGGCCUACUUUCACAGCCCCGAGAUGAGUCCUUCAGCUCACCACUGGCCUCCCCGGUCAGUUUCUGGGUCUCCAGUCAUGGUGACCCACCCCCCGUCGGCAGUCUAUCCCCCCCCGCCCACCUUCCAUCCCUACCAGGCACCAGCCCAGUGUGUUACCGGACCAGUGCAGUGGAAUAUAUCCCAAUGUCCAGUCCCCAGCAGCCCCCUGCUCUAUGUCCAGCCUUCAGAGCUGCUGUACCAGCCAGUUGAGUUGGCGUCCGAUGGAGGUUGUGUUCUCCCUUCGCUCUCUCUGCUGGAGGCGACCACUGCUGAGCCAUAUGUUGAUCACAUGGUGCAACCAGCCUAUCACCAGGUGUACGCCCAGAGCCCUGGGGGAGUAGCACCUCCUGUCAUUCAGCAGGAGACAGCAAAGGAGCAGCGCUUUCACUCCAUUAGGCGAGGGUUCCCCCAUUCGCCAGUCAGCCUGAAGACACGCCACUGCCGCAGCCCCCACUACACCCACCCUCGCAAGGAGUAUCGCGCCGAUAUUACUGCCCUGUCUCCCCAGCCCAGUACGGAGCCCCUCAAGUAGAGCGGACAGGUCUGGUUUGGUUGUGGGCCAUGGGCCCGAUCUCCUGGAAGAGCCGUGCUCUGUAGACUGCAGGCAAGCCCACUGCAUAAAACACAGCCUACUCCCCUGCCUGAUAUCUACCAGAAAGCACAUCAUCAUACUUCCUGCUUUUAUUCACUCAGAUCAGCUCUGGGUUACACCGUCACACCCCAUUAAAUGUAAUGCAGCAGAUGCCAGUUAAUUAAUUGCACACCCAGGUGUUGCACUCUGGACUGGUAUCAGAGUUCAUGCUGUGUCUGUUUGCCAUCUGAUAUUAAUACUAAUUACUACAAAUACAUGUUUAUUUUAAGAUCACAUUUUUUAAAAGCGGUGUGGAAAUUUGAGGACACAAAAGCUCAGGGCUGCCUGGAGGUCAGACUUCAUGAACAGUGGUUUGCUCACAAUGACCAGAUUUUUCAUGAAUGCUUCAACCAUCUGUAGAAGUGGCACAAAAAAGUCACAAAAACUCUUUUUACCAUCAAAGUGCUGAGAGAUAAAUAAACUGUCUACAUAAACUGCAUUUGGCGCUUUACUUUAAAGAAGAAAUUCCAGAAUUUUAGACCCUGCACCCUGAACUUGAAACAUACAGUGACAGAGAAACUAAUAAGAAAAAUCACAUCAAUUACAUCAGAGAAUAAUGAAUGAGUGAGCAGAUUCUGUUUAUUGCAGUUAUGUUGAGACAGACUUGAACCUGAAAUGGGAAAAUGCUUUAGAGCUGUCUCCGGCAUACUGACCCCUCAGUGCCUGAACCUAAAACACCGAGUUUUUUACUACGGUGUCAUGUUGGCUUUCAGAUAAAAACACACCUACUCUAGCUAACUUUCUUCACUCUUUUUUUUCUUAAAGUAAUACAAAUGUAUCCUUAUAAAGUAAUUAACUGAGAAUUUCUAGCUGUAUUGAAACGUACAAUCAGAUAACUUUGUUUACAUGCUACCGUAGCAGUUUCUGUCAAAAUGCCAAAUAAUUUGCAUUUCCUUUUAUAGGUCCAUCUGUUUUGUAGUAAUACUACUGCGCUUAAGCAGAGGAAAAGCUUUACAUUUUUUCUAGCAUUUUUUUCAUCUAAAACUGUUCACUGCUGUUAAUUUUUUUUCUGAGAAUGAAAAACAGAAAUUUAAAGGUUUUGAAACGUGCCAAAACGUCAAGGAUGUCCCUUGAAACAUUUAAAAAACGGCCUUGAAGUUCCAUUGCAAGGCAGAAAGGUCCUUUCAUCAGUUCACAUAUUUCACACCAGGGGGCAGUGCCACAUUGGUCUUUACUUAAAAGCGAAGACAUUGUAACUGAAUAACACCAGUAUAAGCGUGCUGGGGAGGUUACAUGGUCCUGCCUACAUAUCUAGCAUAUGUGGACAAAGUUUGUGCCAAAGAGGACUGGCUUGCUAUGACAUCUGGCUUCAUGAGGUCCACAUCUGCACUUCAUUUCUGCUGCUGCCUUUGAGUAUAACCUGGCAGCCCAGUCUCCACAGAGGCCAAGCUUGGCAGAUGCCAUUACUGAUCCAGACAGCAUAACCUUCUGAAUGCUGUAGCCUGUCGUGUGCCGUUACCUCCUGUAUGUAGAGUGUGACUAACAUAUUAAUUUGCUGGCACGGCACAAGCUGUAUCCUAUUUAUACCUGCCUCAGACAUUUCCUCAGCCAAUAUAGUAGGACAUCAUCACAAAAUGUGGAAAUUGUUAUUGUUGAUAUAGAGCGAGUAGGAGCCAAGAAAGUGAGGAUUUGGGGUACAGUCCAGUAAAUCAAGGCAUUCCUGCUAUCUCAUACACCACUUCUUAUUGUUCCUCAUUGAUAUUGUUCUGUUACUGUCUUGCCACCAUAAAACAUGUUUGUUUGAGGAUCCAAACUGUACAUUGCAUUUGCUGGACCUUUUGUAGUAUGGAAUAAUGUAAAUACAAGAUGGUGAGCAAAACUGAUUUUUUUUUUGCUGGAUGAAUACUGGGGUCUGUGCAGGAGAAAAAAGAUUCCCUAGCAUAAGUCUUCACUUACGUGAGGAUUUUUCAGAGGCAUAAAUAUUUUUGUAUUGUGUCUUUGCAUCUCAGGAAUGCGUUUUCUCCAUUACAAAAAAAAUGGAAUGACGUUUGCAAAGGAAAGAACGAGUUUGGAUGUUUCAGUUUUCUAGGCUCAACAAAUUUUACUUUGUAUUUUUCAGCAAGAGUAGUUUACUUGAUGUUUACACUGGCAGGUAUUUGUCAGAGAUAAACAUUUGUCAGAUUUUUAUGCAAGACAUCCAAAUUCAUCCUUUGUUUUUUCGUAAGCAAACAUUGUACACAGUGUUUGUCCUGUUCAAGAGAUACUAGUGUUUUUCUUGGUUAGUUUUACAGCUUUUCGCAGCGGGACAAAUUAUUUUUCACCUAUUGUUUGAAGUUCUUUUUAUACAGUAAUGCUGAUUAUUUACUUUGAAUGCAGGAGGAGCAGACAUAAAAAGAACAGCAGGGUGAUAACUGUCAGUGGUUACUGUCUGGACAGUGUCUUCUUUUUCGUUUGCUUUUACCUUGGCAGUGUGCCUUGCCAGCUGGGCAGUUGGGCUGCUCCUUCAUGUAUGUCAGCUGAAUACACUUGCAUGUAUUUAAGUCUUGAACUUCAUUUUGAAAACUUUUUUUUUUUUGCUAUAUGGUUUAAAAUACUGUAUAAAAAUUAAAAUACUGUAUUGGCAGAAAAUGGUGAGAUUCUUCAGGAACGUUCGUAGAGCAUUUCCCUUGGGACUGUUGAGUGUAUACACUGCUGUCUCUAUUAUUUUUAUUAAUCAUUACAUGGUAUUAAUGUAAAAUAGCUCUCAUAGAGUUCGGCACUGAAGUUUUCUCCGGUAUUUUAUUGCUGUUAUUUUUUGCGUGCAAUUUAUUUAUUGUUUAUUAUUUUAAAAAGUAAUUACCGUGGUGCCAUUCAAUUCACAAAAAAAUAUUUAGUUUAAUUUAUGAUUUAAGUUACAAUAUCAGUAGCACUGUUAACAUAGUCCUGGUUUCUGCAUACAUUUUUGAAAAAAACUCAAGUACAUUAAAAAGUCAACAGGUUAGAUUUUAAAUUGGUUCAGGUUGUUUUAUUAAUAUAAACGAUGGCUGUUGUAGGUUUAUUCGUGCACUUGAAGUUGCAGACGUUUUUUUAGGAUUGAUUGUAGUUGGUUUUGUUUGUGUAAUACUGAUAUUAGAAGUUGUGUUUUAAGUGCCUGGGCAGUUGCACACAGGCUGCAGGAGAUAAGUGUAUUUAAACAUUUUGUAUUGAGUUGUCAUUUUUUUCUUGAUCUGCCUUAAAUUGUACCAUAUGUCAUUUUAGUGCAUCCCUUAUAAUUAGAGUGUUUUAUGUUGGCUAAAUGUACUAUUAAGGACCUUAAUUUGGAAAUUCAUCACCCAUCCACUCCAAUGCAUGCAUGAAGUGUUAUAUUUUUCUGUCUAUAACUUCAGCUUAAUGCACAUCAUAACUGAAUGUGAUUCUGUUUACUCAUAUGUGAGUUGGACCUGUACCUGUGCUUCUACCCCUGACCCAGUCUCUAGCUCUUUGAGAGGGUGGUCAGCAGUGACCACACAUUCAGUCAGAGCUGCUUGUGUGCUGCUUGCUCAUAAAUAACCAAGAAAGUGAGCUGCUUUGUAUAUAGUUUUAUAUUCAUGGGAAACUUUUACAUUUUGUAUAUCUAUUCCUAUUCUGAACUUUAUAUUUUUACUGCUUUGCGAAUUGUUCUUGUUUAAUUUGAAUUCUUUGUAAUCUCUGUAUUGCUUUUUGUGCAGGUAGAUGUUCAAGAAGGGGGGGGUUGAUAUACCAGAAAAUAAAAGUGUUGCAGCUUUA